GCAUGAAGUCAGUGUAGCUUAGCCUAGCACCGAAUGUCAGCCAUGACAAGGAACAGGGGGCGGGACUUCCUUCAGAGGCCCGCUCACCCUGUGGGCCGCACUAAUAUUAUACUUUCAUAUCACGGUGGGGCCACGAGAUAUCGUCCUACGGGCCGCAAUUGGCCCGCGGACCGCGAGAAUAAGACCUCUGUCCUACAGGAUGAGACCUGUAGAGAUGGAGCUCUGGGGGUUCCUGUCAUUUCCCUGACCUCUGCUCCUGUUCUGACCUUUGACCUUGGGAUAAAUCAGCUGGACACCUGAGAUGUUUUCCUGUUGGGAAUAAUCUUGGGACUCCAAAUAGUUUGGAGAUUACCUUUGACCCUUCCUAGGUUUAUAAGAAGUGUCAUGGCUGUCAUAAGGCUUGCAUAUCUCAGAUGAUCAUUUUAACACCAUAAAUAAAAUAUGGAAUGAACCUUAAUCCAGAAUAGGAUUUUUUAUGUUCCAGAGCAUAAGUCGCUCCUUUUCUAGAGCUGCUGAUACAGACGAUGAUGUGUUGAUGUGUGUUUUAGAGUCGAGCUUCAUCUACUGGAACCCAGACAUUCUGAUCCAAUGGCUUCUUUCUUAAACAGGUGAAGGAAGAAAAUGUCAAGGAUGUUCUGUCUGUUGCUGUGGCAGCUAGUUCUCAGAGUUUCCUGCCAUGUUGCUACAGCUAGUCUGUGUACGGCCGGCUCCAACAUCUUUGCGUCUGUCAGGGAGAACAGUCCAGUAGGUCAGUUCAUCUCACACAUCAGCAUCAGAUCUGACCCAGGAGCCAAUACCGUGCGUCUGUGCCUGACCGGACCGAAUGCCAACUGGUUCUACUUAGAAGGUCGGACCAUCAGACUCAACUCGUCUGCAUCCAGAGUCCUGGACCGAGAGGUUUUGGGUCCAUUUCUGAUAGCUGAGCUCACCUGUUAUGAGGAUGAUAUCAAACAAAGCCACUACAGGAUUCUGGUGGAGAUUCUGAAUGAAAAUGACAACAAACCAAAGUUCCUGGAGGAGACCAUCCAACCGUUCAGCAUCAGUGAGGUUGCAGCAGUAAACUCUGUGGUUUUCACUGUGAAGGCUGUCGACUCAGAUGGAGACAUGAUCAGCUACGUCAUCGACCAGUCCUCGGAAGAUGCAUGGUUCUUCAGGAUCGACUUGCCCAACAGUGGGAAAGUGGUGCUGAGCAAACCUCUGGACUAUGAGAGCAGAACUCGCCUACAGAUCAUCAUGUGGGCCCAGGUGAAAGUUCAGUUGUAAACAGGUCCAGCAAGAGUCCAAAGUUACAGAUUUCACUACAUGAAGAAAUUCAGAUCAUUUGACGUCAUUAUAGCAGGGCAGUGCAAAGACAACUAAAGG